UGGAAGCAGUGUGCAACCAUGAGUCUUCUAAUACCCAGACUUAGGAUACUCUCCAGUGUCCUACAAAACAGCAUCAUGGCUUUGCAACUAAGCCGCAACAUGACUGACGACGGCAUGGAUGAGUACACAAACAGCACCGAUAACUCGACCGCCCCGACCUCAGCUCCCGGACACAUCCGCAAGAACUGGCCUGCCCUCCUGAUCUCCAUCGUCAUCAUCAUCACUGUUGCUGGCAACAUCCUGGUGAUCCUGGCCGUGGCCCUGGAGAAGAAACUGCAGACCGCGACCAACUUCUUCUUGAUGUCUCUGGCCGUGGCAGACAUGUUAGUCGGGUUAUUAGUAAUGCCGGUGUCUGUCGUCACCAUCUUCUACGAAUACACCUGGCCUCUUCCAAAACAACUCUGCCCGAUGUGGAUCUCCCUCGAUGUGCUCUUCUCGACCGCGUCCAUCAUGCACCUCUGCGCUAUCUCCCUGGAUCGCUACAUUGCUAUCCGGAACCCGAUUGAGCAUAGCCGCUUCAACUCUCGCACCAAGGCCCUUCUGAAGAUUGCCAUUGUCUGGACCAUCUCGAUGGCUGUGUCUUUGCCCAUCCCGAUCAUCGGCCUGAGGGAUGAGAGCAAGGUCUUUGUGAAUGGAAGCUGCAGCCUGAACGAACCCAACUUUGUGCUCAUUGGCUCCUUCGUGGCAUUUUUCAUUCCGCUGUUCAUUAUGGUCAUCACUUACUGCCUGACCAUCCAGGUCUUGCAGGGCCAGAGCAGCGUGUUUGGGCCCGGGGAGAGGCGUAGGAGGCGCUCUAGGUUUGGUUGCCUGCGGAGGGAGAGGAGUGCCCACAACAUCUCUAUGAUUCACAAUCCCAAUACUGGGGUGCCUGUUCGUCUUAUUUCUCCAGGCCAUCGGGAGGGCUAUCGUAAGGGAACCAUGCAGGCCAUUGCUAAUGAGCGUAGGGCUUCCAAGGUGCUUGGCAUUGUCUUCUUUCUCUUCCUGCUCAUGUGGUGCCCGUUCUUUAUCACUAAUAUCAUGGCAGUUAUUUGCACUCAGUCUUGUCGCAAGUCAACUCUCGAUGAGCUCCUGAGCGUGUUCGUUUGGGUUGGAUAUGUGUGCUCAGGCAUCAACCCCCUGGUGUACACCCUUUUCAACAAGACCUACCGCCGGGCCUUCCUCAAGUACCUUAGCUUUGGAUGGUUGGGGAGAACCAAGAGCCCUCCCAGGCAGCUCCCAGUCAGUGCUGCUAACCUGUACCCCAGGGAAUACACUGGCCGGCAGUACACUGGGAGGGACUUUACCCCAAGGGUAUUUGUCCCAAGGGAAUACAGCCCCAGCCAUGAUGAGGAUGUGCCCCAGAUUGUCCCCCUUGAGGAUAGACCCAAUACUGAAGUAGUUGAGGUAGUGAUUGAGAUGGAGCCUUGCUCUCCCCAGCCGGUGGAAGCAAGAGUUGAGGAUACCUGUACUAUGGUCAAUGAGAAGGUCACUUCUGUAUAA